CAUGGGCACCGGACUGGUCACGUGACUGCACUUCCUGUAGCCUUGUUGUAUUAGGAACUAUGAAACUUCUCCUUUUUGACAGCUUCUAAAUCUACAGGGGAGAGAACAUGUCAGAAGUGUAUCUGAUUUUACUGUUAAGCUGGUCUGCCUUCUGUCUCGUCACAUGUGAGAUCUCCUGCCGCGAUGAAGCUGGGGAACCCGUUGACUGGUUUGUGGUUUACAAAUUACCAAAGUAUAGAAUCAAUGAGACGGAGGGAACAGGACUGGAAUAUCUGUAUCUGGACUCCAGGUCACAAGGAUGGCAAGUCAGCAAAUUCCUCAUUAACAUGACCCAGAGUGCUCUGGGGCAAGUGCUACAGCAGCUCUAUACAUCUUAUAAAAAUGACAGCACAGCAUACAUGAUAUACAAUGAUGCCCCUGCAAGAACAAGCAACUUUUCCACACACUAUGGUCACUCUAAGGGAACUCUAUUUUUUGACCAGCACCAGGGAUUCUGGCUAAUCCACAGCAUUCCUCACUUCCCCCCAUUCCCAGAGGAUGGCUUUGGCUAUCCCGAUACUGGUAAACUCUUUGGCCAGACGGCCAUCUGUGUGACCUACAAAUAUUUUCAGUUUAAACAAAUUGCUACCCAACUUCUGUACUACAACCCAAAUGUUUACAACUGCUCCAUCCCCGACCUGUACAGAGAAGAUCUAUGGGGUCUGUGUACCAUAUGUCACGGCAAGCGCUUUCCUUGGGUAGAUGAAACCAGGAUUGCUAUACUGAGAUCAGCGGAAGGAGAAAUAUUUCAGAAUUUUGCUAAAUCCAAGUACUUUGUGGAUGAUAUCUUCACAGCCUGGAUGGCCCAAGUUCUGGAUUCAGACUUACUGACAGAAACAUGGCAGCCCAAGGGGGAGGAGCUUCCAUCGAACUGCUCCCUGCGAUGGCACGUCUACAACAUACGGAGGAUCGCCCUGAAAAACCUUUCCUUCUACUCUCAUAACGAUCAUUCCAAGUGGUGUGUUUCCGGGGCGUACAGCGGGGGCUGGAUAUGCAUUGGAGACCUGAAUCGCUAUCCUGAGCAGAGAUGGAGAAGUGGAGGCUUCAUUUGCACCCAGAAUAAGCUCAUAUUCAAAGCAUUUUGGGGAAUGGUCGCCUACUACACUGAAUGUAAAUAGAAUGUUCAUUUACAGGUUUGACUUUUUGGCCCGGAUUUAGAAAGGACUUACACCGACGUAUCUUCUGAUACGCCGCGUAAGUCCACGGAUGCGGCGUCGUAUCUAUGCGCCUGAUUCAGAA